CAAUUAACCACAACAGAUGAAUUACAGGAUACUGACUCCAAGCUGACUCAUUAGGUUUAUCAGAACGCCCACUUCUGUUUAGUAUUUUAUGAUAAGAAAUAGAAAGUGAACAUCAUCUCAAGAUAAGGAUAUAAGGGAGAUGAAGUAUUUAGUUAUACUGAGUAUACUGGGAAUUGUGUGGUGUUCCAACUAUCAUUUAAGAUCAAGAAGAAGUACAAAAUGUACCAUAUCUAGUGACUGUACUUCAACGGUACCAUGUUGUAGAGAUGCUAACAAUAAUACACUUACUGAACAGGAAACCCAAUUCGGUCAAGAUCCAGGAGGUUCAACAUCAAGUGGAAUAUGUUCCAGUGUACUUGGACAGAAGGAUGAAGAAUGUGAUUCUUCUUGUGGAUGCGAAUCUGGUUAUACAUGUUAUCGACCAAUGUCUGGAUUUUGCUGUCCUCCAAUGAGAUGUUAUGAUGCCGCUUGGGUACAACAACAAAAAGAUCACUGGGAUAACUGUCAUCCACCAACAUGUUUCUUUCCUCCCUAAUUCAUACCAUAAUAAAAGAAUUAGAUUGU